CGCGCCUCACUUGCGGCCCCGAACCAUCACGGGUCCCAGCUUGGAGCUUAAAGCUGCCUAGCACCCUGUUGUCGCCGAGACUAUCUAUACUCACUCCUCUAUCCAUCCUUCUUUCUCCAUCAUUCCUGCGCAUAGCGCUCUUCUCUCCUUGUAAGCAACGACUCAUUACGUUGCAUCCGAUACACAUCCGAUCAUUCUACGAGCGUUAGUGAGCUCUGAGAGCCCCAACCUAUCCUCAUCAUGGUGGUCAAAGCAGCGGUGCCAUUUCUCGUGGCGAUGAUGCUGUUGACGGGUGUAUGCAAUACACUGUUGACAAAGUAUCAAGACAUGCAAUGCGUCAAGAACUGCGACUCGCCCUCGUCGAAACAAAAGGAACACUUUGAGCAGCCUGUCCUCCAGACGCUGCAGAUGUUCAUUGGAGAGAUGGGCUGCUGGCUUGUCAUCGGCGCGUUCACUCUCUACCAGCGAUACGCGACUGCGAAGGCAGGCUACGAACCCGUUCCUGGCUCGGCUACCCCGGCUUCAGAUGAUGUUAGCGAGACAACUCCUAUUGUGAACCCGUUGAAGCCUGCGCAUCCCGAUGAUGAAGGUAGGAUCCCGCUACAAGGAAAGAGCAUCUUCCUGUUGGCACUUCCAGCGUGCUGCGACAUUGCCGGAACUACGCUCAUGAACGUUGGACUGCUGUUUGUCGCAGCUAGUAUCUACCAGAUGACCAGAGGCGCGCUCGUGCUCUUUGUUGGUCUGUUCAGCGUGUGGUUCCUCAAGCGUCAUCUCGGACUGUACAAGUGGUUCUCGCUCUUUGUGGUUGUGACGGGUGUUGCAAUCGUUGGACUCGCUGGUGCCAUCACCAGGGAUGACAAAGCGACGCCUGGCCAUAAGUCGAUUCACGACUCUGUUGCUGGAUCAGAGGCCAAGGCGGCUGCUUCUCAAGCUGCCAUGACUGUCAUUGGUGUCUUGCUUAUUGCUGGCGCGCAGAUCUUCACUGCCACUCAGUUCGUACUUGAGGAGAGGAUCAUGGAGAAGUACUCCAUGGAGCCCAUCAAGGUUGUUGGCUGGGAAGGUGUCUUUGGAUUCCUGGUCACAUUCAUUGGCAUGAUCGUUUUGCACUUGACUAUCGGAACUGGGUACUUCAAUGCCAGAGAGGGCCUGUACCAGAUGUUCCACUACCGCGCCAUCGCCGUAUCCUCGGUAUUGAUUAUGAUCAGUAUCGGUGGAUUCAACUUCUUCGGUCUCUCUGUUACCCGCACCGUCUCCGCUACUUCGCGUUCGACAAUUGAUACUUGCCGCACGCUCUUCAUCUGGAUCGUGUCGCUGGGACUUGGCUGGGAAACAUUCAAGUGGCUGCAGGUUCUCGGUUUCGCUCUGUUGGUGUACGGAACCUUUUUGUUCAACGACUUGAUCCGCCCACCGCUAAAGGCGUGUGUAGAGAGGCACCACGAGCCUCUGCUACCUGAGGAGCCGAUUGAGCACCACUAGUUUAGGCGAUGCAAAGUAGACGGGUAAAGACGCAUUGUGCAUGCGGAACUUGGAGGGUGGCGUUUUUCGGGCGCACUGGCAGAACCUACAGAAUGUCUUUGUUUUUUCACUAUAUUAAAUCAUAUUCUAUCAUAUCAUUAGCCCCAAAAUUACAACGACUUCACACCUCUGCUUAUCUGAGUG